UGGUCCGUCGAUGCAACGCCGAUGGAACGACUUGGACCCCUACCCCGAAUUCCAAAAUUUGUAGCAAGCAUUUUUUGGGGAAUGAAAAGCGAAAUGAGGAAGCCCACCCGAGCUACAACCCUUCGAUCUUUCCAUCGCCGUACAAGAAGAGAGUGGUACUCGGGGUUGCUGAACGACACGACAGGCAACUGAAAAGGGUCGAACAACAAAGGCGUGUAACACCGUGUACAGCUGCACCUGAAGUUGAUUUACCCAUGGAGCGGCAACCAGCAGAGGAGCCAGCACCUGCUCCAUUAACAGCCAGUGCUUCCACCAUGACAGAAGAUGAUGGAGCAAGCUUCUCACCAUGCACCCUGUUUCUUUGCUGUAACAUGGGGGGAGAUGUCUCAACCCUUGUCUGCCAUAAGACAGUAGUGGACGAAGGGUGUGGGCCAGACACGGUGUCAGUUUGCGAUAGGGGAGCUGGGCCAGUGUACAAAGAGCCCUUCUUCACUGGGUACAAGUCUGUGUGUGACGACGAGGCAAUGUUAACAAGGUUAAGUUCCGCAUCAUUUUCUUUAUUUGCUCUGUUGUUGAGCUUAUUUCCAGAUACCUCGAGGAGGCAAAAUGAACUGUCAAGCGAGAAUCGGCUCUUACUAUUUUUGAUUAAGUUAAAACAUAAUGUACCUUUUUCGUGCCUAGGCAUUUUGUUCAGUAUCCAUCGUACGACGGCAGCACGAAUAUUCAGGGUUACACUUGAAAUCCUCUGCGCCAGAACAAGAGACUGGAUUUGGUGGCCGAGAAGAGGUGCUGUCCAGGCCACCAUGCCAUUAAGCUUCAAAGUUCAUUAUCCUCUUUGCAGGGUAAUAAUAGACUGCACGGAGAUGAGGGUGGAGAUGCCUCCGUCAGUCGAGAAGCAAAACCUGUGGUAUUCGCAGUACAAAGGGUGCUAUACUGUUAAGUACUUAAUUGGAGUCGCACCUAGUGGUCUUGUGACGUUCCUUUCAGAUGGAUUUGGUGGGCGGACAACUGAUACUGCUAUCACAAUUGAGUCUGGUUUUUUGCACAAACUGCAGCCCGAUGAUGUCGUCCUGGCCGACAAAGGGUUUCCAGGCAUAGUAACUGGCGUUGGUGCUAAGAAAGCAACACUGGUAAUGCCACCAUUUGCAUCAGGAGUGCAGUUCACAGAGGUUGAGGUAGACUCAACAUACGAGACAGCUUCUGUCAGGAUUCAUGUCGAGAGGGUAAUUCAAAGAGUGAAAAUUUAUACAAUAACCCAGCGUGUUUCGCAUCAUUUAAUUCCACACCUGGACAACAUUAUGCAUAUCUUGUGUGUACUCACCAAUCUGAGGCCGGGUCUAUUUAGGCCUCGGUAA